AUAUUCGAUAACACAAUAUCGAUACAUCGUUAUGUUAAGACGGCCAACAUGCAAAAAUUGCAGCAAUCAAAACAAAAAGAAAAACACGCGCUUUUACUUGAUCAUAGGCAACUUAUAAAUAAAGCCUACAGCUCUGCAGUGCCUAACAGUGAUACAUAUGAACUAAAGUCGCAGUUGUUUCAAUUUCAACCAAAAACAACGCAGCAGCCACAACAAAACCAAAGAAAACGCAAACGCAAAUUGAGCGAAGCACCGAAGAAUGCAGCAGUGGAUAACAUUAAUGAGUACCUUGAGCUGUUGCCAAGAGCAGAUGUGGGCACAGUGUCAACUCUCCCGCGCUUCUGGGAAGAGGACUACAAACUUCCCCAGCUGCAUGGAGGCAAUACGAGUGGUAAAUUUCGAACGUUCCAAACUCCGACGAGCACUUUCAUCAUACCACACGCAGCCAGCUUUUACAACCACAAUGUGGAUCAGUUAAGGACGUUGCUGCCGCAGCUUCGGCCAAGCUAUGAUUUAAUCGUGGUUGACCCACCUUGGCGUAACAAAUAUAUACGCCGCCUGAAGCGCGUCAAGCAGGAGUUGGGCUAUACCAUGAUGGAUAACGACCAGCUAGCAUUGCUGCCGCUUGGAAAUCUCACGCAUGAACGCACCUUGGUUGCGAUUUGGUGCACGAACUCAAACCUGCAUCAACAGACGCUGGAAACACAGCUUCUGCCCCGUUGGCAACUACGUUUGCUACAUAAACUGCGGUGGUACAAGCUGAAUACGGCGCAUAAACUCAUCAGCGACUUGAGCCAAGUGGAUGCCACACAAAAGCAGCCCUAUGAGGUGCUCUAUUUGGCAUGCCAUGUCCAGAGCAAUGGGGCAUAUGCCACAGACUUGAAACAAACAGAACUGCUGCUCAGCGUGCCUAGCAUUGUGCACUCCCACAAACCGCCACUGCUGCACUGGCUGCGUCAAUAUUUGAAGCUGGAGAGAGAUCAAGUGGAGCCCAACUGCUUAGAACUGUUUGCACGUUAUUUGCAACCACAAUUCACAUCCAUUGGCUUGGAAGUAUUGAAGCUAAUGGAUGACCGCUUAUACGAUAAAAAAAUAAAGAUAAACUAACAAGGAUAAUUUUUGCCUGUUGAUCUGUAACUAUAUACUCUAGAAGGUUUAAAUUGUAGACAACCCUUUAACAUGUAAACAUUCUCAUACCCAUGAGUUAUUUUUCAAGUAGGGUCUUUGCAGCGAGUUUUAUUUUAAGCUUUCCAUUUUAAAUAUACUGCUUACUCCGUAUCUGCUGUACAUAUGCCGGGGUCACCCGAACAUGACCGUUUUAUCGUACAUGGAACUACCGUAGCAACAUUGGUCAUAGUUCUUAUACCCUGAUAAUGGGCAAAAAGGGUAUAUUUUUAUAUAAACUUUUUAUGUUUUUCAAGAUAUACUAAACAAAAUAAGCAAUACCCAGCUUUUUUAAUAAUAGUUCCCGCGAAUUUGUUGCGAAUGCUUAGAGAAUUAAGGUAUUACAUGAAUAAAUCGUGUUUUAUUUUCGUA